AUGAAAAUAACAAUAUUAUUAUUAAUUUUGGUUGGUUUAUUUACAUUGUAUGUCCAUGCUCAAUGGCCAUGUAACACCUAUUAUGAUAUAGACUUCUCGACUGUUGUCAAUGGUAAACAAGAAAAAGGAGCUAUCUAUGGUAGAGGUUGUCUCUUCGAUGCCGAUGAAACUAGAACCUACUCUAUCUUUCCACCAGUGACCUCAGACAGAGUACCAGAUCUAUUCAUGGGACAAUGGAACUACGGUGAUUUCUCUGUCAGAAAUAGAAACACCAGUGAAACUGAUCACCUAAAGAGUUCAUACACUGUUGUUUGGGGUUUUAAACCAUUCCUCUAUAACUUUACCUAUAAUAAACCAACUACAUGUCAUAGCAGAAGAAAAUAG